AUGACCUCCAAAGAUGGUUGGUCCCGUCUUAACUUAAGUGCAGAUACAGCUACUCAUGACAACUUCGCAGUGCUCGUUGGUGUCAUCGGUGGUAGUGGGCUAUAUCAUCUUGAUAACCUGACUUUUGUAGAGAGAGUUAAUCCAGAGACUCCUUGGGGAUGCCCAUCUUCGCCCAUUACCAUUUGCUCGCUACCUUCGGGAUCUAAGAUCGCCUUCCUUGCUCGUCACGGGCAGCACCACUCGAUCGCACCGUCGGCAGUCCCUUCUCGCGCGAACAUUGCAGCUUUAAAAUCCUUGGGAGUCCGGGUUAUUCUUGCAUUCAGUGCUGUUGGCUCGCUACGGGAAGAGAUUUCCCCGGGAUCUUUUGCAAUUCCUACGCAGAUUAUUGAUCGCACGAAGGGCAUACGCCCAGCCAGCUUCUUCGAGGGCACGAAUAUCGUCGCUCAUGCUGCAUUUGGUGAUCCAUACAGUAUGAAAUUGAUCCGUUGGCUGGAGGUGAGAGUAGAGAAGGCUCUUGCGGACGAAGGUCGAGGAGUGGUUCUUCACAAGGACAAGUGCAUCGUUUGCAUGGAAGGUCCUCAGUUCUCCACCAGGGCUGAGAGCAUUAUGUAUCGAGCGUGGGGUGGGGAUCUCAUUAAUAUGAGUGCUUUGCCUGAGGCGAAGCUAGCUCGGGAGGCAGAACUGAGCUACGGGUUAAUCGCAACUGCCACAGACUAUGAUUCAUGGCGUCCUCAUUCGGAAGCAGUCACUGCCGCGGAAGUGUUCAAGACUCUGCAGGACAACGCUAAUACAUCGAGGCAUGUUGCAGCAGCAGUUCUCGAAGAUCUUCAUGCUGCCGCGUUAGAUGGGGACAUCUUAAGUGAAGAAAAGGGCAGCAUGCGUUUUUCUAUCAUGCCGCGAAGUGGCGAACAGAACCAGGAAGAUAUCAAGAAGCUGGCCUUCAUUCUACCCGACUACUUUACGCCAGGCGAUAUUGCUAACUAG